GCAUGCGCAGUCGCCCCGUACGCUUCGCCAUUGAGGGACCCACGAUCAGGGGGAAAGGGUCAGAGAGGCACUUCGACAGGCAGCAGCUGCACGUUUCUCCAGGUCUACAACCUCAACUUUCAGCUACCAUUUUUUUCUUGCGGAUAGAUCCGGUUGACAACUUGUGCAACCGUCACCUCCAAGGGACGUGUUUUUUUUAAUUGUUUUUUUGGUCAUUUUUAAACCACAUUCUAGAAGUAGCGGAGAGCGGAGGAGCUCGGCUAACGAGGCUAGCAGGCUAACGUUAGCUUAAGGUUAGCUAGCUAGCUAGCGAGUUAGCAGGCUGGCUGGCUAGCUAGCACACGAGCUGAGGAGGAGGAGGAGGAGGAGGAGGAAGGGGCGGCUUGCCUUUCAGGAUCGUUUGAUGGAUCCAAGAAUCGCCUGGUUUCAACCAGAACAACGCGGACCAGCUAACAACCUGUGGAUGCAGAUCUGGGAGACGACACAAGGGCUCGGCUACCUCCACGUGAAUAGCAGCUACACCGGGGGAUCUCAGGGCACGGCGGCGGGGCUGAAGGCGAUCGUGAACGGGGCAGUGGACUCCAAUAACGCCAGGACUCAGGGUAUGUCUGUGUCGAUGGGGGACAGGGAGCUGAAGGCACAGAGGGACUUUAUACCUCUGGAAACGAACAGCAACCACAACAACCGAGCCGGUGGCAGGGGCGGUGUCGGUGGAGGUGGUGGUGGAGGAGGAGGUGGAGGAGGAGGAGGGGGACAGCAGGGCAGCGGGGUCGGGGUGCUGCUGAGGGGGCUGACGGAGGGACACCCCAACAAGAGGAAAAGAGACAACAAAGCGAGCACUUUCGGAUUCAAUUCCAGCGUGUUGAACAGUGGAGGCGGCUCCUCCAACACGGGAGGAUACGACGGGUACGCGGGGACACCGUGGAAAGUCAGGAACUACUCUGAGGGGAUCGUCGGGUUACACGAGGAGGUCAAUGACUUCUACGAUUACAUCUCCCCGCGGCCGGAGGAGGAGAAGAUGAGACUGGAGGUGGUGGACAGAAUCAAGGGAGUCAUCCACGACCUGUGGCCCAGUGCUGAGGUCCAAGUUUUUGGGAGUUUCAGCACUGGUCUUUAUCUGCCAACAAGCGACAUUGACUUGGUUGUUUUUGGUAAGUGGGAGACUCUCCCACUCUGGACGCUGGAAGAGGCUCUCCGGAAGAGGAACAUCGCAGAUGAGAACUCUAUAAAAGUUCUGGACAAAGCCACGGUUCCCAUCAUCAAACUGACGGACUCCUUCACUGAGGUCAAGGUGGACAUCAGCUUCAAUGUGAAGAGUGGCGUCAAAGCUGCCCGGCUCAUCAAGGAAUUCAAAGAGAAAUACCCCGUGCUGCCUUACCUGGUCCUGGUGCUGAAGCAGUUCCUGCUGCAGAGGGACCUCAAUGAGGUUUUCACCGGUGGAAUCGGCUCCUACAGUCUCUUCCUCAUGGCUGUCAGCUUCCUGCAGCUUCACUACAGGGAGGACGUGUGCAGCCCCAACAUCAACAUCGGCGUCCUGCUCAUUGAAUUCUUCGAGCUCUACGGCCGCCACUUCAACUACCUGAAAACGGGCAUCAGGAUAAAAGACGGAGGCUGCUACGUUGCCAAAGACGAGGUUCAGAAGAACAUGAUGGACGGCUACAGGCCCUCCAUGCUCUACAUCGAGGACCCGCUGCAGCCCGAUAACGAUGUUGGUCGGAGCUCAUACGGUGCCAUGCAGGUGAAGCAGGCGUUUGACUACGCCUAUGUGGUGCUCAGCCACGCCGUGUCACCCAUCGCCAAGUACUAUCCCAAUAACGAGACAGAGAGCAUACUUGGCCGAAUAAUCCGGGUAACACAGGAAGUGGAUGAGUACAGGGAAUGGAUCAGAAAGAACUGGGGGAGCCAGUCUCAGAAUGAUCUGCCACUCAACAGAAAUGAUGUCACACUGUUUGAGUCCCAGCAGCUCGACGAGUGCAACAACAACGUUCCAGAUGAUGAAGAUGAUGACGACGAUGUUGUUGUAGUUAUUCCGUCUGCUCCCCACAGCAAAACCUCCUCCAAUUCCUCCUCUCCGUCGCCCUCACUGCGCUCCUCUCCCUCCUCCUCUCCACUGUCGCCUUCUUCCACGACCGCCACCUCCAGCUCCAGCGAUGCGGACUCUGACGGCACGCCGUGUAAGACAGCCAAGCAGCAGUCUGGCCGGGGCUCCAGCGCCCACAGAGAAAAGUCAACUGUCGUCAAUAACAACCGACCACAGAGCCAAGCGAACAGCACUCCAUCUGCAAGCAACAAGGGUGGAAAGGCCAGGAUCGCUCGUUCUCACCAUAAGAGCGGCCACCAUGGGCAGCAGAGCUCCUCCGCUAGCACCAAAAGUCAUCAGAGCAACAAGCCACACCACCAGGGCAACAGCAAGAAGAGGAAAAAUGUGCGAGACUCUACACAAGAAGACCUCUGCAGAUAGGGGUGACCUCGCCUGAAACCCCACCCCCAUCCCCCUCCCCCACCGUCUCCCUCUUCCCGUCCUCGUCUGCAACUGACUGACUGUUCCUGUCCCACUUCUGCUGCCAGACUCCAGCCUCGGGGAGGUUGUUAGAAGUAUUAAAACAUCUACAGUAUCUGUCUCUCUGUCAAGCUUUUCGAUGGUGACAAGCAACAAUUUCUAGCAGGAAAAAAAAAAUGAACAAAAAAAAAAAAAAGAAUUGUUAUAGGAAAUGGGGUUUAAUUUCAUGAGCUUGAACUGAAAUCACAAUGGAUAAACGCUCAUUUGCUUCCCAAUAGCUUCUUUUAUGGAAUGGUGUUCCUUCCUGCAGCCAGCAUCCACACAACAUGCCUCUUGCGCCUCCUGCUGUACAGGAAUAGACAGGUCCGUUGUCUGGAAAUCUACUCUGGAGCAAUACCUGGAACCACCUGCUGGAAAAUAUAGGAUGAGAAACUUUAUACAAAAAGAAAAAAAGAAGAAAAAAAGCAAACGGCUGAAAAUAUACGAAAUCAAAAAUGUCAUGUUGAUCGACAGACAAACAUGUACACAGAUUUUAUUAAGAUGGUAACUUACAAAUGCAAUCAGUAAGAGUGGGACAUAACUUAUGCAUGGGAUUUUUUUUUUUUUUUGUUGGUUGAUUUUUCUGUUGGUUUAAUCUGUUUUGUUAUGUCUCGGCAGGUUAUACAAAGAUUUAUAAAAAAAAAAACGCAGAAGCAAAAAAAAAAAAAAAAAAAAUCAAAAAAAAAGAAUAUACAAGUAAGAGGAAAAUGUUUUCAUAUUACCUUUUUACAAGAUAUACCGAUUGAAGACAUGUAUACGUGCACAUCUUGUGCCCUCAGCUUUUUGGCCAAAGCCAAGAGCUAGUUUUGGGUCCCAUUGCCAACAUGAAUCAUCAGCAUCUACUUUUCCUUCUGGUUGCUCUCUGUGAGUGUGCUACAGUGUUAACAUUUAACCUUUAGUGAGUCACUGCUCACACACAGCCCGACGAAUGACUGGAUGAAGUUUGAUUUCACCCAGCUCAAUAGCACAGCCACACCUGUUUAGAGGCUUUAAGAGUACCGGUUUAAAUUAAUAAGG